GUCCCGAUCCAAAUCCCGAUGCUUCGGUCCGCCGGCGCAUGAACACGGCCACUCGUCACGAGUAGCGGCGUCUCCCCGUCCCUGAGCAGGCAGCGGAGGCGGGCAUCGCACACCAUCAUCACGACGACUCGCCGAGGUCUCCUUGCCGUCGGCGCCAAUAAAAGCGAGAGGAGCCCUCCCGCUCUGGAAACCGCAAGCCCGCUCCCACUCGUUUCCCCAGCUCGCCCCCCACCUCAAUUCCACCCCCGCGGCGAGGCCGUCGCCGCGGGGCGCGCACCCAACCCAAAACCCUAGCUCCGCCGUCGACCCCGAGUCCUCGUCGCCGCGCGCUGCCCGCCCGCACCGAGCGCCCGCGGCUCCUUCGCCGCGCUCGCCGCUUGUCCCGGGGGGUAGGGGGCGGCACGUCCUCGCGGAUGCGCCCGGCCUGCUCGUGGACCACGACGGCUUCCCGCUCGCGCGCCUCGGCUCCUCCAUGGACGGGCCCGAAGGCGUGAGGGGGAAAGAGGAGGCGGAGCCGGGCGGCGAGGCUGGCGACCCCGAGGAGGCGGGGGACGGGUUCCAGCUCGUGACGCAUGGGAAGAAGAAGAAGAGGGCCAGCGGCCAGGAGGGUGGGGGUGCUGGCUCCGGCGCCGUCCUCGGUGCCGGGUCGGUGCGGGCGUUGACCAACGACAAGGGAGCCGCGCCGGGGACGAAGCCGAAGGUGCCCUUCCACGAUCCAAGCAUUCCCCGGCCGCAGGAUGUGUACAAAAUCAGAGUGGAUAACUACAAACCGUUCGAGCAUGUCUGGCUUGAGCGCAGCGAGGAUGGCACCCGACCUGUUCACCCACUGGAAAAACUGCCUGUUGAACACUUCGUCGACAGAAAUGUGCCUGAGUGUGAACCAGUGAAGCCAGCUGAUUUAGAGGAUACACCAUUUACGCUGGUUGAAGAUCACAAAGGCUUGAUGGAAUUAGCUAAAAAGCUGAAGAGUGUAACUGAAUUUGCUGUAGAUUUGGAGCACAAUCAAUAUAGGUCAUUUCAGGGUUUGACCUGCUUGAUGCAGAUUUCAACCAGAACAGAAGACUUCAUUGUGGACACUCUUAAGCUUCGCAUAUACAUUGGUCUCUACUUGCAAGAACCUUUUAAAGAUCCAACCAAGAGAAAGGUAAUGCAUGGUGCGGAUCGUGAUAUAAUGUGGCUCCAACGGGAUUUCCACAUCUAUGUAUGCAAUCUUUUUGACACAGGACAGGCUUCUAGGGUCUUACAGAUGGAGAGAAACAGCCUAGAGCACCUAUUGCUUCACUUUUGUGGAGUAGCAGCAAAGAAGGAAUAUCAAAAUGCAGACUGGAGGUCGAGGCCACUUCCUGAAGAAAUGAUAAAGUAUGCUAGAGAAGAUACACACUAUCUGCUGUACAUAUAUGACUUAAUGAAACAGAGACUACAAAGGGAGUCAACUGAAAAUGAUCUCCUUCUAGAGGUUCAUAUGCGCAGUAAUGAAAUUUGCUUACAGUUCUAUGAAAAGGAGCUGCUGACAGAUACAUCCUAUCUCCAUAUAUAUGGGUUGCAGGAACAUGAGCUGAAUGCAAAACAGCUGGCUGUUGUUGCUGCUCUACAUGAGUGGAGAGAUCGUAUAGCUCGUCAAGAAGAUGAGAGCACUGGUUAUGUUUUGCCAAAUAAGGCUUUAAUUGAGAUAGCAAAGCAGAUGCCUACAGAUACCGGGCAUUUAAAAAGAAUAGUAAAAUCAAAAUAUCCAUUUGUUGAGAGCAGUCUUGAUGAAAUCGUAUACACCGUUUGGAAUGCGCUUGAAUAUUCUUACGCCUUUGAAGGAAUAGCUGAGCAACUAAAGAAGGAACAGUUGGAACAGUUGGCAUUGAAAAGUGUCCAGGCCAGUGAUGAAAUGACUAUUCUGGAUGCUGAGAGUGAUAGGAGUAAUAUUGAUCCAGCCGAUCAGUCUUCUGUGGCUCCUUCAUCAACUGCAAAUGUCAAUGUUGCUUCUGGCAGUGGGGCUGGUUUUAUGAACGAAACAGCUUUGAUUGGCAGCAUCCACCUAGAGGACAAUACUCGGACAAUAUCAUCAGCUAAGAUCUUCGAGACCUUGUCAGGCCUGACCAGACCAAUUAAUAAGGAUGUCCUGAGCAAUAAUAGACAUCAGCAGGUAAGAAACAAAUCAAACAGCUGUGUGACUUUUAUUAUUCUGCAUUUAUAUUGCUGCAUUGUGUAUGAGGCUCAGGCUACUCAAGAACUGAAGAGACCCACUUUAGGAGCUUUAGGAAAUUCAGCACCUGGAAGACAGACAAAAAAAUUUGGAGGGUUUUCAAAGGAGCAGAUUUGUGUCUUGCUGUUCAGUUUCAGGGUGGGAGCAAUGUGGAGAACUUUAGAUCUUCUGUGCUUCCUUACCAGCAGUUCUCUGGUGGGGUGAAACAUUCAGCUGCUAUUGCCCCCAUGGAAUCAUUUUAUCCAAAUACUGGAAUACAGAGUGACAAUGCUUGGAUUCAAUCAACUCAGAUGAAUGAAGCGAUGCAGCUGGGCAACAGGAGUUACUACACACAGUUUCCGGGAUAUAGCACUGAAGUUGUAGGGAGCCAUUAUGAACCUGAGGGCAUGCAGAUGUCCAGCUACCUAUCUGGUUUUGAGCCUGCCUUUCAAUCAGUAAGCCAAAGUACGGGUACAGGAGUACCUCCUGGUAGAAAUAAGGAAGGAAAUUUCCAGAAUCCAAUGAGACGACAAUCUUACCCGCCUUCUGGUAACAGAUAUGAUAGACCAUACCAGUAACCGCUCUGAUGUAUAGCAGAAGUAAAGGAAAGAUGGUCACACAACAUUGAUCCUUCCUGUGCAGAAAUUGUCUGUAGAGAACAAAAACUUGGGCUGUUUUAGAUGCCCUCUGAAUGCCUUCCUGGAUUUUCGGCAUCCGACUAACUCAAAGGUGAGAAACCAAACAUUGACAGUAGAUGCAGGGUAUGUGAAUUGCCAUCACAUUGGCUCAUGUAACGGGACUAACAAACAUGUGUUGUGAUUCACUGGUGAAUAUCGGCUUUGCACAAAGUGGUAUACUGUAAUACUGGUAAAGUGUAGCUCCUGAAUACAGAAGACCUUGAACACAAACAGCUUUGUUCUGUCAUUUUUCCUUGUGCUA